CAACAACCUGUUGCUAUGUAACAGCGUAGAAACAGACGCAAGUGUUACUCUCGCAUGUUACGUAUAGCUUCUAUCAAACUAUUUGGAGUUGGAAAAUCCCAUUAAUUUUUGUAAGAGAUGGAAUAUUUAUCUGUUUCAGACAUGUUGUAAAUUGAACUUUGAUAGCUUUCAACACCAGAAACAGCAACAUGGAUCCAGUACCCAACAGGAUGAACAGGGAGAUGAUCCAGAAUGCAAUAGAGAAAAACAGCAUCAAAUCUGAUUUAAUGUCCAAAGAGGACAACAUUUGUCUCCCUGAAGCUGAUGUCAUUAAACUGGAAUACCAAAAUAUCCAAAGGAUUGACUCGUUGCAAGAAUAUACCUCCUUGGUUCGGCUUGACCUAAACAAUAACCUCAUUAAGAAGAUCCAGGGCCUGGAUUCUCUUAUUAAUUUGACAUGGCUAAAUCUGUCAUUUAACCGGAUCGAGAAAAUCCAGGGUCUGACAUCUCUGCAGAAACUCAAGGUCCUGAAUUUGUCAAACAACCAAAUCACCGUCAUAGAGAACAUGGACACACUUGACAACCUCACUCAUUUCUUCAUUGGAUGUAACCUCCUAAACCAGCUGGAAAAUGUUUUGUACCUAAAGAGGUUUAAGAAAUUGGUCCACAUUUACAUGAAGGGAAAUCUCUUCUCCAACGAGGACGAUUACCAGUUUUUUAUUGUUGCUUUUUUUCCAAACUUGACAGUCUUGGACAACAAAUUGAUUCUCCAGGAGCUGAAAGAAAAGGCAUCCAGCAAAUACCAAGAUGACAUCGAGAAAAGGAAUCAAGAGGAGAGUCAAAAGCAACUAGCUGAAGAAGUUCUGCAAAAACAAGAAGCUGAACUGAAUUUACACAAAGAGGCCUUUGUUGAGUACCUCGAUGGGCCACAUUUGUUUAAAAGCAUGUUUGAUGAAGAUACGUUCUCAUCAGACAGACGUUCUGUUCCAGGAAUAGAGGAUCUCCUUCAGUCAUUUGAAAACCAAAUGGUGGGGCUGUGUAAGCAGUUGUUUGACAGAGGUUUGGCAGAGCGUGAACAGAGGGAAAGAGAGCUGAAGUCAUUCUCCAGUUCCCAGGAUGAGGUAGAGACGCACUACAAAAACCAAGCAAUUCAAGUUCUGGAGGAUUUUAAUAGGCAGCACAAAGAGAGGAUUAAAAAGUUGGAGCAAUUAACCCUCCGAAACUCAGUUUCCGAGGAACUCAGCCGUGGCUAUGAUGAAAUCAACAAACUCUCUGAAAGGCUGAUGACACUGGAGUUUAAGCUUAUCAGCAAGCUGGAGGAGAACAUCAGAAACGUUGAAACCUGCAUCUCAGACAAGGUCACAGACUUCAUUGAAAUUGCUCAAGAAACAUUUACUGAAUGUCGGAAUCUGGAAGAUGAUUUUCAUCACAAAGUGCAAGAAAUUAUCGAUGCAACUCUGGAGAAUGUUGCCAAAGGAAGUCAGGUGGAAAACUUACCACAUGAUGUAAAGAUGUUGUUUACAGACAAAAUAAAAGUGAUGCAUGCACUGAACACAAACCAUAAACUCCACCUGCUGACUCUCAAUGACCGAGAGCAAAAGUUACUUACAUCAGUGAGUUCCUGGAAAAUUGCCUUCUUCAAAGAUGUUCAUGACAAAGUAACUCAACAGAAUCGCACGCGCAUUUCAGACAUCCAUAGAUAUGCAGAUUUCUUAAGGAAGCAGCUGGAGAGAUUUCACUAGUUUCAUAAGUUUGGCAAAAUGUUACUGUAAAUGCAAGUAAAAAGUGAUUUUUUAAAACUUUUUUUUUUUUUACAUUUUUGGUGUUCAUAUAAUUUGUACAAAUAGGCAUGUGAAUCUAUUUGAAACCACAGAUGAAAACGGACAUACAUUUUUGCAUCAAAUAUUAAAAACAUGCAAACAUUGAAA